AUGAGCUCAACACCAGCAGCCCAGGGCGACUCAGCCCGAUCAACCUCGCCGGCAGGGAGCUUCUAUGCUAUGAGCGACGACGAAGAGGGCGGCUACAACACCAUCACGCAUAUGGAAUCCGGCAGAGGAGUCAAGCUACUGUUCUCGAAGAGCAAGGUGUACGUCCACCCGACGCCGUCUGCAAAAGACAAUAUCUGUGGCUAUAUUGCUCUACUGCAGCAAAAGGGACCAAAGCGUGAUCGCCCGUCUUCGUCAUCAUCCGCAGAUGACCACGAUCAUGUCGCAUCUUCGGAUCUUCUACUUGCCUGGGUUCCCGAGGCAUCACUUGGAGAUUCAGCGAGCAUCUAUGUCAAGGUGGACCUCUCCGACGCCGACUCUCCUCCCAAACAGUCGUAUCUUGUCCCUCCGCCUCCCACAGUAACCGCUCACAGCAACUCCAUCGGCGGCUAUGCAUUUGCUAUCCCCGUCAGCGCGAUAUACUCUCUAUUAGUCCGCCCUCCUAGUCUCGGCUGGUGGUACGGCUCUGUCAUCAUUAAUUCCAGAGGAGGUGAUAGCUUUCCCGCUCUCUUUUUCCAUGAUGACGAGUGUCAGAGUACUAUUCUUCAGAAAAAGAAGCUGGCACGAGAUACGUUUGAUCCCUUCGGAGAGUCCGGCCAGAUGUUUUGGGGCGCAGACGAAGUUCUGCGAUGGCUGAGGAGAUAUAUCAAGAUUGAGAGAUCGGGAGCGGAGCCCAACAUUUAUCUCAUUGAGCCUAGCAAGGAGGACCUGGAAAGCUUUGGCGCUAGAAUGGCCACGACAAAAGCCAAAGGAAAGGCCGAUGCUGGGAGCUCAAAAAAUAAAGAUGCUCAGAUGGACCCCUUCAUGAAAUUUGUCAAGGAGACAGGCUGGAAUCUCAUGGAAAAAUUCAGCAAAGUUACCACAUUGACAAGGAGGGCAGCUCAAGACUUGGCAGAGAACCCUAGCCUGCCGCCUCAAGUGCGAAGGCUGCUGAGAAACCCAGAGGUUCAGACGCUCCAGGAUGAAUUCGACAGUGCAAGGAUAUAUCUUGCCAGGUGGGCGAUGGGCAUGGCGGAACAGAGUGAGCGCGAUCACAGACAGAGAAUAUGGACGGUUCGAGAUGUCAUGGAGCUUGAGGAUACUGAUGUCGGAGAAUUCGAGCUCCUUGAUGGCGUGAAUUCGCUGGGGAUUGAGGAAAGAAAGCAGCCGAUAUCAAUAGAGGAGUGGGAUGCAUUUUUCGAUCCCGAAACAGGGCGGCUGUCCAUCUCGGUUGAUGAGGUCAAAGAAAAGAUUUUCCAUGCCAGGCUGGAUCCCGACGACGGAGUUCGGAAAGAAGCCUGGCUCUUUUUGCUCGGCGUAUAUGACUGGUAUAGUACGCUAGAUGAAAGGAAGGCCACGAUUGCUUCACUGAGAGACCAGUAUUAUAAGCUCAAACAAUCCUGGUGGGAUCGACUGGAGGGAGAAGGAGGAGACGGAGAAACGGGCGAAUGGUGGCGCGAACAGCGUGGGCGUAUCGAGAAGGACGUUCAUCGAACUGAUCGAAACGUUCCCAUCUUCCAAGGAGAGGACACUCCGCACCCAGAUCCGAACUCACCAUUUGCUGAAGUUGGCACCAAUGUCCAUCUCGAACAAAUGAAGGAGAUGCUUCUGACAUAUAAUGAGUACAACAAGGAACUGGGAUACGUCCAGGGUAUGUCGGAUCUCUUGGCACCGAUCUAUGCUGUGAUUCAAGAUGAUGCGGUAGCUUUCUGGGCGUUCCAAAUGUUCAUGGAACGCAUGGAGCGCAACUUUUUACUCGAUCAGUCAGGCAUGCGAGGCCAGCUGUUGGCCCUAGACCAGCUUGUUCAUUUCAUGGACCCGAAGCUAUGGGAUCAUCUAGAAAGCACCGACAGCACCAACUUCUUUUUCUUUUUCCGCAUGAUACUCGUAUGGUAUAAGCGAGAGUUUGAGUGGUUGGAUGUGCUCAAGCUUUGGGAGUGUCUGUGGACUGAUUACUAUAGUGCAAACUUCCAUCUUUUCAUUGCUCUAGCCAUUUUGGAGAAGCACAGAGACGUUAUUAUGACUCAUCUCAAAGCAUUUGACGAAGUGCUCAAAUAUGUGAACGAGCUAUCUGGCACUAUCGACCUUGAGUCAACUUUGAUUCGCGCCGAGGUUCUUUUCCGACGCUUCCAGCGAUUGGUUGAGGCAGUCGACAAGAAGCAUAACUUCCCGGCUCCAAGGACAGAGAGCCCAGGCCAGAGCGCCUCUGCUACCAGCCCAGGUCGGAAGCCAGCUCCAAAAGGCAAAGCUAAUUCUGGCUCACCAAAGCCAGAGCGUAUCAUUACUCCCGAGUUGAGAAAGCUGCUGAGCCGAAAAGUAGAAGUUUUGGAAAAGAAGCCCAAGGCAACUCUGAAAGCUGAGGGGUCAGCUGGCUCAAAAUAA